GCGGCGCUUCGGAUGUACAGUGAAUGUUUGAGCUGCAUCUCCGACAUCAUCGCUGGGCUAAUAUAACGUCAAAUACGAAGAAUAAUGGAUCUAACAGAGCAGGAAAUGGAGGAGAGGAGAUGAAGUACUACCGUCCGUUUGAAAAAAAUCCAUAAAAACUGCUAUACUGUCGAGAUGAAGCAGUUGGAGGCAGACUUGCAGGAGCUGGGGUCUCUCUUAGAGAAGGCGGAGAGGAAGAGGGUGCAAGAUGUACUCAAGCAAGAGCAGAAGAAGCUUGAGAAGGAAAUUGCCGCCAAGCGUCAACAGAAAGAACAACAAGCCCGGAGAGAAGCUGACCCAAUGAAAGCCACUUAUACGGUCAAGAUCACCAACUACGCGUGGGAUCAGUCUGAGAAGUUUGUGAAAAUUUACCUGACUUUAAAAGAUGUGCAGAAGAUUCCAUGUGAGAAUGUAGAGGCCAGCUUUACAGAAAGGUCAUUUUCCGUGCUUGUGAAGGAUCUGGACGGGAAAAAUCACCAGAUGACUGUUCUCAAUCUGUUGUAUCCCAUCGAUGAGAAGAACAGCUGCACAAAGAUUAAAAGUGACAUGGUUGUGAUCAUGUGCAAGAAGCAAACCACAACAAAGUGGGAGUGUCUCACAAAGGUGGAAAAAGCCUCAAAGGACAAAGAUCAACCGAGCACGGAGGACAAUGUCGACCCCAGCGACGGUCUAAUGAACAUGCUGAAGAAAAUCUACUCCGAGGGCGAUGACGACAUGAAGAGAACCAUCAACAAAGCUUGGUCGGAAUCCCAAGAGAAGAAAGUAAGAGGAGAAGAAGGCAUGAUGGAGUUUUGAGCUAGAAUUUCCUCUCAUCCAUAGCGGGACUCAAUCCCAUUUAAAAAAUGACUUGAUUGCCAACUUUUGAAUCAUAUGUCCAUUGUACAAACACUUUCUGCUUUAUCAAGAAGUUUCAUGUCACACACUCGGCAGUAUAGCCAAGAGCAAGUCAUUACCAGAAUAAACAACCAAAUGGAACUGAACUCUUUCACUCUGUCAUUUACUCUUUUUAUGCAUUGGACACAUGUUAAACCACCUUUUAUAAAUACAUGUGUGUGAUCAUGUGACUGUUAUAAAUGCAUGUGUGAUCAUGUGACAGUUAUAAAAAUGUGUGUGAUCAUGUGGCUGUUAUAAAUAAAUGUGUGUGAUCACGUGACUUAUAAAUACAUGUGUGUGAUCAUGUGGCUGUUAUAAAUAAAUGUGUGUGAUCAUG